AUGGGCCGUCUCGUCUGCUGGAUCGAGACGGCUAAGAACCUGAUGGAAAUCCUCAGGCAAAAGUGUCCGCCCCUCGACAGCGGCUAUAACGAAGCUGCUCGGAAGAGGGAAUGGACCAUUCCAGAGGUAGGGAGAGUUGAUGCUCUAGCAGAAAGGGCAAACUUGAGUGCUCGAAAUGCCCUUUCCGCCUUUUGCGCACUUGACAACUUCCGAAGGCAUUUUGGGCGGAUUGCACUUGGGAAACUAGACAGCUUCUGA